UCUAAGAGCUGGGAUUUAUUUUAUUCGGAACACUCAUUGGAAAAUGACGCUUUACUUUGCGUUCCUCGCGACGCUGAUAAUCAGCUUUGUACAUUGUCAAAACUUUAACAGCAAUCAGGUACAACGUGGCAGCUAUGGCAGCAUUCCCAGCGAUAAUCGAAUGCAGACAUUUCCCUGGGUGAUUGCUGUGCUCGAUCAGAGGGAUUGGAUUUUCCGAUAUAUAGGAGCGGGAUCUCUGAUUAAAACCAACGUGGUCCUCACUGCCGCUCAUAUUCUGAACGACACCACCGAAGAUGAUCUGCUGGUGCGAGCUGGCGAAUGGGAUACUUCGACUACGAAAGACCGGCAGCAUGUGGAUCUCGAGGUGCUGACAAUAGUCUCCCAUGAACAGUUCAACAGAUUCAAUGCAGAAAACAAUGUGGCGUUGCUCAUUCUAAAAUCCGAAUUCGAGCUGAGUACCAACAUUGCUAUCAUUCCAUUGUACUUAGUAGAAACGGAAUUCAAAAGAGGAUCCUGCUUCUUCAACGGCUGGGGAAAAGUUUAUUUGAACUCGACGGACUAUCCCACCAUUCUCAAGACGGUCCAUGUCGACCCAUUGAACACGGAUGUGUGUAGCAGGCGGCUUCGCAGAAAACUGUCUAACCAAAUCUGUGCGGAAAGUCUGGGAGAAAAGGAUUGCAGUGGCGACGGCGGUGCUCCCGUGGUUUGUCGAAUAUCUCAAUAUCCAACCAAGUACGCACAGGUGGGUAUUGUCAACUGGUUAACUCAAAAGCGCGGCGAUAAUACACCCACCGUUUAUACGAAAGUUCGUAGUAUGAUACCCUGGAUUAAUUACCAUGCAACACGGAUCAGAAAUUAAGAAAUAGGCAGUUACAUUUGUAUUCAAAACCAAGCACAAGUCUCAAAUCGAUCUUCCGUUUUUCACUCCACUUAUUUCCUUUAUAAAAAAUACGUGUGUUUCAUCUCAAUAAUAACUUUAUUUUAUUACGGAAUGAUUCAUAUACAUUCUGUGUAAGAGUACUAUUUGCUUAUCAACAUAAGCAAGUCGCUCAAUCCAAUAUAAUCAGUUCAAGAA